AUGUCGUUUUCCUUCGGGACACCGGCGAGCGCUCCUGCUAACACAGGACUCUCGGGUGGUUUUAGUUUUGGCGCUAACAAACCAGCUACGCCUGGAUUUGGAUUGGGAGCGACAUCACAACCUUCUACAGGCUUGUUUGGUACUCCAGCAACAUCAGCACCGGCUUUCGGGACUACAGGAUUUGGCACCACCAACACUCCAGCAUUUGGUGCAGGUACAACACCAGCAUUUGGAGCUGCAUCAGCCACUCCAGCAUUCGGAGCCAGUUCCACCCCUGCUUUUGGGGCCAACCCUGCCUUUGGGGCAACAUCGACCGCCCCCGCAUUUGGAGCCACUAGUACUCCUGCUUUUGGUGCAACAUCUGCAGCGCCACCUUUUGGUGUGGCCAGCACUGCAUCGUUCGGCACGACAAGCACUGCUCCUGCGUUUGGAACCACCGGUCUUGGUACCAGUGGGUUAAACUUUGGACCUGGGAGUAACACAUCCACUGCUCCUCCAGGUUUAACCCUGGGCGCAGUAGCAGCGACGACGACCAGUGCUGGUUUAGGCGGUCUUGGAGGUUUCAGCUUCAACACAACAACCACACAGAGCACCGGACUAGGUUUCUUUAGCACUACUACUUCUGCUGGUGCUGGUCUUUUUGGUCCGAAAUUCACAACUACGGUCACCGGCAGUCAACCAUCGACUUCAGCGACUCCAAGCCUCGGUCUGGGCGGCUUAGCGCCCACAGGUGCGGCGAGUACCACUACCACAGAUGGAAAGACCGAGUCACCAAAGCAAAUAAAGCUGCCCAAUGAGAUAUCAACCACGAUAGAGACGUUCAAGGACUUCGUGAAGAGACAAAAAUCACUUAGCUCCGAAGUGAUGAGGGUUUCGGUCAAACCGCUACAUAAGGUAUCGGUGGAGGCGGAGGCGACGCUGCGCCUGGCGUUGUCAUUGUCGGGCGAAGUGGGCCGCGGGCGUGCGCUAUCGCGCCGCUUGCGCGCUGCUGCCGCUGCUGCGCUGGCGCAGGCGGAGGCCCAGGCCAACUCACCUGUGUCUGAACUGGAAGGUACAGCACCGCCUAGAUACGUGAAAGAGUUGGUGAUGGAGUUAGAGCAGCAACUCAUUGCGUUUAGAAGGCAGAUGGAUGUAGCUGAUAAGCAGAUGCAGGCCUCGCCCAAGUUGCUCACUGAACAAGAGUUAACGAUGGGCAUACGGCGCAUGCACGAGUCUCUGGUGGCUUUGGCGGGCCGUCUCCAGGCCGUACAUACGCAAGUUGACGCCCAGAAGGAGCAAUAUCUCAAUCUACGCAAAUAUGUGCUCAAGGAUCCUACCAAUGUUUUUGAUACUCCAUCGCCGAUUUCGAGCUUAGAUCAAAUACUACGCGAUGCUGAAGGAUCCAGAAAAAAGACGAAGUCGACUCAUUUGACUGGACCAGUGGGCGCUGCCGUGCUGUCAGAUCCUCGAGCCGCUUUAGGUAACAUUCACAAGCUAGCGGGUCCUACGCCGUUCACAUACAUUGGUAACACCUUUCCCAACGCGGAUACUACAGGUGUAUCGUGGCAGCCUCCGCCUCAGACAAACCUAAGCACAAACUUAAACAGUAGCUUCGGGACAACUCCUUCCAACGAGAGCUCCGCCUUCCAACUCCAAAAGCCACCCGGAAAACGUGGGAAGCAAUGAUAUUGGCGAUAAAUACCGGUAUACCGGUAAACUGGAGCAGUGUUAGAACUGUGGAGUUAAAAGACUUUAUAGUGUUAAUUGGGUCAUGACAUUUUAUUCACAGAAGGGCAGAAAGCACUCAUGUAAAAGUUUCAUAUUGAUUUAACUAACUGCGUCGGUGGCCGAACGGUUACCAGACUGCCACGCGGAGGUCCCAGGUUCGAUU